UGCUGCAUUGAGGAAGCCCUGGAAACAGCCCAUGCGGGAGGGAUGCUUUAACUCCUCCCUCGGCGAGCUGCUACGUCUCCCCCCCCCCUGCCCGGAGCCCGCAGCAGCACAGGAGCUGCCGUGCCUCGUCUCUCACGGAGGAGAUCCCGAAAGCCGGAGCUAAUUUAGCCUGACCCCCAUACAGCCAUGGCAGAAAACGCCGGCUUGGAGAACCAUCGCAUCAAGAGCUUUAAAAAUAAAGGACGCGAUGUCGAGACUAUGAGAAGACAUCGGAAUGAGGUGACAGUUGAGUUGAGAAAGAGCAAACGAGACGAACAUCUACUGAAGAAGAGAAAUGUCCCGCAGGAGGAAAGUCUGGAAGACUCUGACGUCGACUCAGACUUCAAAGGACAAAACGUUACGCUUGAUGCCAUCUUACAGAACGCUACCAGUGAUAAUGCAGUUAUCCAGCUCAGUGCCGUCCAGGCAGCCAGAAAACUGCUCUCGAGUGACAGAAACCCUCCCAUCGACGACUUGAUAAAGUCCGGGAUCCUCCCCAUUUUAGUCAAAUGCCUGGAAAGGGAUGACAACCCCUCUCUUCAGUUUGAGGCUGCUUGGGCUCUGACCAACAUCGCCUCUGGGACAUCAGCACAGACUCAGGCUGUGGUUAAAUCCAACGCGGUGCCCUUGUUCCUGCGACUGCUGCACUCUCCCCACCAGAACGUAUGUGAACAGGCGGUAUGGGCUUUAGGAAACAUAAUAGGUGAUGGUCCACAGUGCAGGGAUUAUGUCAUCUCCCUAGGCGUGGUCAAGCCCCUGCUUUCUUUCAUCAACCCAUCCAUUCCCAUCACCUUCCUCCGCAAUGUCACCUGGGUCAUUGUUAACCUCUGCCGCAACAAGGAUCCCCCUCCACCUAUGGAAACUGUGCAAGAGAUUUUGCCCGCCCUUUGCGUGCUAAUAUAUCACACUGAUAUAAAUAUCCUAGUAGACACAGUGUGGGCUUUGUCCUAUCUGACGGACGGGGGCAACGAGCAGAUCCAAAUGGUCAUUGAUUCUGGAGUUGUUCCAUUUCUUGUGCCUCUCCUCAGCCACCAGGAGGUCAAAGUUCAGACUGCAGCUUUAAGGGCGGUGGGUAACAUCGUGACAGGAACAGACGAGCAGACGCAGGUUGUGCUCAACUGUGACGUCCUCUCGCACUUCCCCAACCUGCUCACUCACCCGAAAGAAAAGAUCAACAAGGAAGCGGUCUGGUUCCUUUCCAACAUCACAGCUGGGAACCAGCAGCAGGUCCAAGCUGUGAUCGAUGCCGGACUGAUUCCAAUGAUCAUUCACCAACUGGCCAAGGGCGACUUUGGAACACAGAAGGAGGCAGCGUGGGCCAUCAGCAACCUCACCAUCAGUGGGAGGAAAGACCAGGUGGAGUUCCUGGUGGAGCAGAACGUGAUCCCCCCCUUCUGUAACCUGCUGUCAGUGAAAGACUCCCAGGUGGUGCAGGUUGUUCUGGACGGCCUGAAGAACAUCCUCAUCAUGGCAGGAGAUGAAGCCAGCACUAUCGCUGAGAUCAUAGAGGAGUGUGGAGGUUUGGAGAAGAUUGAAAAUCUGCAGCAGCACGAGAAUGAAGAUAUCUACAAACUAGCCUUUGAGAUUAUUGAUCAGUACUUUUCAGGAGAUGAUAUUGAUGAAGAUCCCAGCUUGAUCCCUGACACAACUCAAGGAGGGACCUUCAACUUUGAUCCAGCAUCCAACAUGCAAACAAAGGAGUUCAAUUUCUAAAAGCCAGGAUGUUUGGAUCAACCAGCUGCACGGGUAUUCUGUAAUCACCCCAGACAUUCAUCCAUCUCUCCUCCAACCUGGCAACCUGGUACCGAAGGAUUUACUAAGCAUCACUUCAACAUGGAAACUCACCACUGAAGGAUUUACCCACCCUCCUCUGCACAUGCGGGUGUAUUUUUUGUUGUUGUUGUUUUUUAGUUUCUUUGUUAAUGGGCAUCCAUCACCAAACACAGCAACCCAAACCCAGGAGCCCUGGUCAUUCGCCGGGCACUAUCACCAUCUGGCAACCUGCAUCCGGAGGGUUGUUGCUUUCCUCUGCCAGUGCGUCGUCUAAAUAUCUGACCGAAAUAAAACCGGAAGGAAAAGCCUUUGUGGCAAGAUUGAAUUGCCAAACGUCUUUGCAAAGACAAACAGGGAGCGCAGCUUUUGACACAUGUAUACACACACACACACUCACUUUUUGACACUUGGAUUUUGUGUGCAUACUUCUGUUAGACGCCAUCAUAUCACUUAUGGGGAAGAAAUACUGCUGUUUGUGGUUUCAUUUUGUGCUUUUCCUCCCCUGAAUUGUUACUUAAUCUACCCCACGCACACUAAAGUAUAAGUACACGCAUUAACACACUUUAGAGACACAUAUUCCUGAAGGUCGGGCACCCCAAUAACCCUCUUACCCAGUUUAAAGAGUUGACCACAGAGCUAGCCCACGAGUAACCGUGGACCUUCCCGGGAGAGUCCUGGGGCAGUUGGGGGGGGGGGGGGGGAAAGAGGAGUAGGAGUCCGAGGCAGAACUGACUGACGGGACUUCUGACUCGAUGACGUCGCUUUUUUUGAUGUGACCUCUGUUGAACUAUCAAGCUUUAUGUUUGGUUACAAAAAAAAUAUACAAAAAUGUGGAGAAAAUGCCAUAAUUUCUUUCGAAACCUGCAAAUUGCCUGCUUCCAACUCAGCAGAGUGACAACGAUUUGGUUUUCUCUGAGGCUGACCUGUCGCGGCAGGAGGAGAUGGCACCUGUUUGGGUGAGGACGCAGAGACUUAAGAGAAGACGAACAUGUCAGCUGUAGCGUUCACCACUCAACAGGACACCUGUGAAGCUUGGUCACGUCCUGUGAUCCAGUGAUCUGCUCGAUUGGGACUUCACUGCAAUGUGAAACCUUUAAACGGUCUUAGUCGGAAAAGAGAACAUUGAGCUGAAAUCGACCUGAAUUUCUUAUCUGACCUUUUUUGAUCUAGUUUUAAUUAUUUGAAAUUCUCAACAUUUUGGGGUUCAUGUUUCAACUUCUGGUUGAGUCGGUGCAGCUUCCAUGUGUCCGUUUUGAAUUGACUUUCCUUCAGCCUUAUGCACACGUCUGAGAAGGCCCAUUGAUGUCUGCCUGCAGGAAGGGACCUACACCCAUUGAAGAAUAGACUUGUACGUAUAGGUCCUGAUUUCAGUACUUCGCUACUUUUCGAUGAAGAGGUCACAUGUCAUCACUCAAUUUCGACAAUUGUACAGAAAUGUGAUGUCAAUCUCUCCUUGCCGUCUAAUGAAUAUAUUUACAUAAAGCCUGUACAAAGCUGCUGCAGCUGACAGUCAUGGGAUGGACGAUAACCGUACUGUCAAAGAUGGCUGGGGAGGGCUUUUUGGUUUUGUUGUUAAAGCAAUAUUUCUUUGGUUUCAAUGUUUUUAUUUUUGACUUGCAUAUGUAUUGUGAUAGGCUGAUGACUUGGAAGAGGCAGGUUUUUUUUUUCUUCCCCCCUCUCACCCUCUGUCUCUCUUCUUAGUGGUGACGGGCUGUUUAAGAUGUGCCGUCCCGUGUCAGAGGUGUUGUAUGGGUCGGGUUCACGGUGCCAAACUUUGAACCCGACCCAAGCGCUCGAUUCCGGAAGACUUGAUGAUCCUCUGGUUGGCUGCUAACUACUGAGAGGGCGUCAGAACUGGGGUGGUUUUGGGGGUUUUAAAUAUUUGGUGGGGCUGUUAUGAGCAGCCCAGGCUUGUUUUGGGGACUAGCUGUUUAUUACUGAACAAAAUUAUAGAGAUGGUGUACAGUCAUGAGCUAGCAGACUAGAUUGAGCCACUUUAAAGAUUUACAAUUUUGUUGCCUUGUAUCUGAAUUGUAUACAAGCUUAUGUUUGCAAGAUUUUUACUUGCUAAUGAAAAGUUGUUUUAAAUAAAGUAAUAGGAGAAAAGCAACAGACAGCGUUUUGGCCUCUGAUUGUUUAUAUCUUUUUAUAAAUUUUAGAUUGAAUUUCUCUCUUUAAGGUGGCUCAUUGAUGCGUUCAACUCUUGUGCAUAUUAAAGACAAGAAUGAGUUAAA